AUGGUGUGGCCUUGCGGCCUUCUCUCAAGACGAGCGGGUAAUUCCGUCACCGCGUCACCCCUUCCUAUAUCAAGGUCCCGUGCAUCUUUUGUUUUCGCGAUCGAACGCCCAUUUUCUUCACGCUCUAUCCCUUUCGUUUUGGGGCCAGAAUUUCUCUUUAGCGGCAUGAACGGUAAACACUACACUCAGGAAGGUUACUCUAGCUCGUCCAAUCGCACAAUGGAGCAGGCUGAGUAUGAUGCGCAAAUUUAUCAACAACUAGCCCAACACGAUCCUACGGAUUUCUUGUGGUCCAGUUGGAGCCCUCAGGAGACCGACCAUCGAUACAACCGCCCAGCGGACUCUACCGCCUCAAGAUCAACGGCCAUCGCUCCCCAUGGGCACAUCUCCCACCAGCACAAUCGAAAUGAGACCCCCAGCCCUGGCGGUGACCAGCCAUGGCGCAAAAAAACUUCCCCGCCCACUGCCGCCUACAGCACCAACCAGGAUGGUCAGGGUGUGGGCUACGCCACCAUAAACUACAGUGCAACCAUGUCGACAUCUGGGUCUCUUCCGCGUCCAGCAGUUAUGCCACCCCGCCCAAGGAUGCUCUUCGCCUCGACAACCACCAUUAGCCUCUUCACUCAGUCACAGUCGCCUCGGAGUCGUUUAAACGCACGCUCAAGUGACGAAGCCAUGCCUUUUACCUCUGGCCUUCCUCAUGUCAUCGAUGGACCCAGCAACUAUCAGUUGAGCCCCAUUGACCCUCAGCGGCAAUUCCCCCACCAUCACGAUCCCGAGAUUUAUACGGCGUCAACGCCUGCUGGGCCAGUCCGUUCGACUCGCCAAGAGCGCCGCUCCGCACCCUACAGAGACCAUGAAGGGCCGAUCGCCAGCAGCAGCUCUCACAGUUUCGCCAUCGACGCAGCUCGUCCCGGCCAUCCAGGAUCGCAUACAUCCCCGCCUACUCAGAGGAGCGCCCAUUCCACUACCCUUACUGGAGUCCCGCAGAUGCCCAUCGAAUUCGACGUACGCUUUCAUCAGACCGACUGUCCUUCCUGGAGAGUCAGUAGCAUCAACUAUCCCCACCCCAAGGGGGACGUUGAAACCCUGACCCAAAGGCAUCGCAAACCCGCUGGAGGAAAGAAGGGAAAGCGCAAAGCGGGGGAGGGUAGCAGCAGCUCUGAUUCGGGUUCAUGCCCACCGACAGCUCCAGCGGUUGCCAAAUCGAACGAGAAUGCCGCUAGUGGUUCCCAUGUUUAA